AUGGAUCAGGACGAGGGGCUGACGGCCGUGGAUAACAUAGUCACUCAGUUCAACACCUAUGAAGAUUUCCUCGACUCGCAGAUCACUACCGUGGACCUGUACUACCUGGAGGAUGAAGGCCUGGCCCGCCAGUUGGUGGAGCUAGGCUACCGAGGGACUGGAGAGGUGGUUAAAAGGGAAGAUUUUGAAGCAAGGAAGGCAGCAAUAGAGAUUGCAAGGCUGGCUGAAAGAACUCAGAAAAAGACAUUAACAAGUGCUGGUAAAGACCUGCAAGAUAAUUUUCUGAAGGCUCUGGCAGUGAGAGAAGAAGACAAUCGCAAUGGAAAAGUGAGCGUAAAUCAACAGGAGUUUGAUGCUGUUCAUACCUUGAAGAAGCAACUGGCGACCGUGAUCUUUAUUCGUGACAGAAAUUCUCAUGGGCAGGAAAUAUCAGGAUACAUUGACUAUGCCCACAGGCUAAAGAUCGAAGAUUUUGAAGUCUACUUUAGUGGAAAAAAAAGACUUCUUCCAAAACCCGCAGAUAUGAGCUUUUACAACUGGGACAGUCAUAUUGCUGUUUGGAAUUCAACUCCCAAUUAUCAAGUGAUUGCUGAUAAUCCAGAAGGUUUACUUUUCAAAUACAAAAGAGACAGAAAAAUUCUCAAUGUAGAUCCAAAGGUUUCCCCAGGUGACAACUCUACUAGAACCCCUAUCCAGACAGAACUCUACAUUCAAGCUGUCAUUUUUGACCACAUUUCUAGAAGAAAGACUUAA